CCGGUUGCUCACCCAUCUUCCGAUCGCGAUUCGUGAGUGCGGUCGUCGACGAUUCCCUUUCUUCUCCUCUCGAUGUUGCUGGCCAAUGGGACGAAGCCACCCUCAUCGCCUCAACCCCUCUCGCCCGAGACGGCCAGAUCUCUCGUCGAUUCCGUCGAAGCUUUCUUGUUCGACUGCGAUGGGGUCAUCUGGAAGGGCGACAAGCUCAUUGAAGGUGUUCCGCUUGCCUUGAAGGCACUCCGAUCUUUGGGUAAGAAGCUGGUAUUUGCUACAAACAACUCCAGGAAAUCAAGGAAGCAGUAUGCUAAGAAAUUUGCAUCUCUUGGUCUUGAUGUUAGCGAGGUUGUGCCCUGCAUAACUUUCAUUUGUGAUUGGAUAAUCUUUGAAAUAUAUGUGGCAUCCUUUGCUGCUGCGAUGUUCCCGAAACAAAGAAACUUCCUGAAGGAGAAAAAGGUAUUGCUUAUUAUGAUGCAGCCAUGCGAGAUACCUAAAUGA